CGCUGCCAACUUGGGGAAGCAAUUCCCCCAAUCAAUUCUCUCCCUUUCUCAUAAUAUAAAUACCUCCACACCUCCCCCUCCUUCCUCCAAGUCGACCUACUGAGUACUUCUUCUCCGGUCGGUUGUAUCCGCGGAAUAUACACGCUGCUAGGUGAAACAAUAAAGUCAUGGAUAGCCGAUAUGAGUCCAUGGAAACCCUCAGGAAUAAGUGUGCUGCCUGCUAUAGACAGUUUAACAAGAUGGAGCAUCUUGUGGAGCACAUGAGGACCUCUUUUCACUCGGGUCACGAACCCAUGUGUGGGAUUUGUCGGAAGCACUGCAGAUCCUUUGAAUCUCUGCGUGAGCAUCUCAUCGCAGGGCCAUUGCCCAAACAGGAGUGCAAGAACAUAUUCAACAUCCGAGGAUGCAGAUUCUGCCUAGCAAUCCUCGACAGCUCUAAUACUAGAAGGGUCCAUGAGGGAAGAUGCCAAUUCUCGAAUGUGAAUUCUGGUUUGAUAUCUCGCUUCGCAAGCAUGGGCAUACACGACCAACUUGACAACUACAGGGCGAGAGGCACACAGGUGGUGGCAUUAGCGUGCAAGAUGGUUGGAGGAGGAAGCGAUGGCUCUCUUGAUAUGUGCGCGAGGGUCUGCAUAAUUGAUGAGUAUGAGAACAUCAUCUUCCACACCUAUGUGAAGCCACCUCUCCCUGUCACCAAUUACAGGUAUGAGAGUACUGGGAUAAGGCCGGAGCACUUGAAGGAUGCCAUGCCAGUGAAGCAAGUCCAAAAGAGGAUUCGAGAGUUCCUAUGCAAUGGGGAGGCCAUGUGGAAGAUUCGUCCCAAAGGUAGUAAAGCCCGGAUUCUAGUGGGCCACGGCCUUGACCAUGAUCUUGACCGCCUCCAACUUGACUAUCCCUCCAUCGUGAUAAGAGAUACUGCCAAAUACCCACCAUUGAUGAAAACAAGCAAGCUCAGCAACUCCCUCAAGUAUCUCACCCAAGCAUACCUUGGUUAUGAUAUUCAAACCGGGAUCCAAGAUCCCUAUGAUGAUUGUGUCGCGACGAUGAGGCUUUACAUGAGGAUGAGAUCUCAAGCUCACAGGAAAGAGGACUACCCGCUUGCUUCUGAUCCACAGAACCGAAACAACUUUGCAUUGUCGAGGCAGAGAGAACUCGAACGGAUGAACCCUGAAGAGAUGUUAGAGAUUUCGAGGUCCGACUACUACUGCUGGUGCUUGGACUCGUAAACUGAGUUGUUGCAAAUUGAUUUAAUGAUAUUGAGGGAACUAAGUACAAACUGAUCAGAUUGAAGGAAGUGGCGGAGUUAACACAAUUAUUAUUAGUAGCCAACUUAAUUAAUCAAGUGUCGAGUCGAUUUAGGAUAAAUAAAUGUGGGAAUGCAUGUCUUCCCAAUUUUUAGGAAGUUUCCAAAUUUGUAUUAACUUUGGGCUUUGACUUUAUUUCAUACAGAAAAGAUUGCUAUUGAAACGAAAUCCUAUUC